CAUCCCAGUUCAUUCCCUCUGGCCUAAUCUAUAUAAUAAACUCACCUUCUUCCCACUUCAUUGCACCAAUAUUCCUACCAACACAGGCAAAGCAGGUUUUGGUUGCUUGAGACUCAAGAAACUACCAACACAAUGAGUCUCAACUGCCUUACCUGCAGCCAGUUUCUUCAAAGGACAGACUCAUUUGACGAGUUAUUUCCAGAAAAGUUCUUUCCAGAAAAGGAAUACAAGGAAUACAAGGAACACAAGGAAUCCAAGGAAACAUGCAAAGAGGUUGAUAGAAGCUGGUCAAACAAGAAGUUACCAUCAUCACCAAAACGUGAGCUACCAAAACAUGAGCUACCAAAAGUUGGUGCUGUGGCCAAGCUUAAGGGUGAUCACCGCCGCAAUUAUAGUACAGGAGAUGUUCCUUAUCCUCCUGGAACCUCAGGGCCAAAGCUGAUGAGGAGCAGUGGAAUGAGAAGAAACUGGACUUUUGAAGAUCUGGCUGAAAAACCAGAGCAUAGUGUGAGGUUCCGCUGAGAUUCUUCACAUCAUUCUUCUAUGUCUCCUUUUCUAUGCAUUUCCCACUUUUCUGCCUUUUCUAUACAUUCUUUGUGAGGAAUGUUGUAAAGAUUGUACAAGGGCCAUACAUUAUUAAAGAAUGAUGAUUCACAUCCCUUGUACUCUUUUUAUUUACAUUUUCUCCAAUGAAUUCUUUGUAAUUCCUGGUUCUAUUUAUUUAUUUAUCACAUUUUAUAUUUGUUCUAGCCGAAAGUGAU